CGCCGCGGAUUUAGCUUUGCUGGGGUUUUACUUCAACGUAAGAGACUUUGUUUUUCUGCGAAACCACAAACGGAACAACGAUGGCGGAGAAAUUAAUGGAAUCGGUCCAAUGCUUCGGGCGCAAGAAGACGGCGGUGGCUGUAACGUACUGCAAGAGAGGCCGUGGUCUGAUCAAGAUCAAUGGCUGUCCCAUCGAGCUCGUCGAGCCGGAGAUCCUUCGCUUCAAGGCCGUUGAGCCAAUCCUUCUCCUCGGCCGUCACCGUUUCGCUGGCGUCGACAUGAGGAUCAGAGUCAAGGGUGGAGGUCACACUUCUCAGAUCUACGCUAUCCGCCAAAGCAUCGCUAAAGCACUCGUGGCUUUUUACCAGAAGUACGUCGAUGAGCAGAGCAAGAAGGAGAUUAAGGAUAUUUUGGUCAGGUACGAUAGGACUUUGCUAGUGGCUGAUCCCAGGAGGUGCGAGCCGAAGAAGUUCGGUGGAAGAGGUGCUAGGGCAAGAUUCCAGAAGAGUUACCGUUGAGGAAGUUUUAUGGUUCGUUUUGCUGUUCUUAAUGGAUUAAUAUGGUCAUGCUUAUCCCGAGUUAAGUUUUAUUAUACGGAUUUAAAUUAGCUUGUGACUUUGAGUUUCAGAUUUCUUUUGGUAGUUUAUUUUGCUUGCUUAAAUCUAUAGAUAAACGUUUCAGACUGCUGCUCUUU